AUGCUGCUGGUCUGCACUCUGCUGCUUUUUGUGAGCGGCAGUGCUUUCUGCCGAGGCGUAGCUCCUCUCGCCUCCACGGAGGAGGAUGGGCCAUUAAUACUUACGCCGCUAAUCGAAAAGGGUGAAAUAGACAAAGCCAGAUCUCUGUCUAAUGUAGACCCAACCUUAUUCACUGGAAUCAAGAGCCAUUCAGGGUUUAUAACGGUGAACAAGACAGCCGCCUCCCACUUGUUCUUCUGGUAUUUCCCCGUUGAAGAGAAGAAAUUAGAAGAAACGCCACUGGUGAUUUGGUUGCAAGGCGGGCCAGGAGCUUCGUCUUUGUUUGGACUUUUUAAAGAAAUCGGUCCGUUACAGUAUGAAAAUGGAAAAGUAUCUGUUGUCAAGACUAAUCAGGUCGGUGCUGGUCUUCUGAGCUUCGUGCAACAAUUCCUGAUGGUUUUCGAUGAACUAAGGGAGGCACCUCUUUUUAUCACCGGGGAAUCUUAUGCCGGGAAAUACAUUCCUGCUUUUGGCCAUUAUAUCCACCACAACAACGUCAACAACCGUGAUAAGUCCCAACACAUAAAUUUAAAAGGUUUGGCCAUCGGAGACGGCUGGACUGAUCCGCCAACGCUGUUGCAAUACUCAGAAUUCGGCUUACAAAUUGGCUACUUAGACCCAAACCAAGCGGCACAAGUAAAAGCUUUUGAAGAUUCUGCUAAAAAAGCUUACAAAGAUGGUGAUUUGAAAACUUACAAAAAAGAAGCCAGUGCUGCUUUGGAUCAUUUUUUUAAAAUCGCUACGAUACUCAAUCCUUAUAAUUAUAUAGAUGACGAAGUACCAGGAAUUGAAUAUAACAAGUUUCUAAACACGGAAGAAGUAAAAAAAGCACUUCAUGUGGGACGUACCAAUUUUACAAAUAUAAACUUUGACGUUUAUUUUGCUAUGUCAGAUGACUUUUAUUUAUCUGUGAAACCGUGGCUAGAGGAACUACUUGAAAAUAAGUACCCCGUCCUGGGAUACAGUGGCCAAUUGGAUGUCAUCGUAGCUUAUCCUCUAUCUGUGAAUACUUACCAAAGCCUGAAGUGGUCGGGGGCUGACGGGUACAAGAAAGCUCGUAGAGGACUUUAUGAUGAUACAAGUGGAACACCAUCAGUAUACCUGAAGAAAUACGCCAACUUCAUGGAUGUCAUGGUCCGAGGUGCCGGCCACAUGGUCCCCUAUGACCAACCACAGGCUGCUAUAGAUGUCCUGACAUAUUUUAUAGACUUCGCUCUCUCUGGAGAAACAACAGGCAACGUCCUUAAAGAAUAUCAACCUAUACGACGACCUACGAGUAUAUCCUUGUUCAACGUUCAACAAACAUUAGACGUUGAUGACUGGUCUAACACUAACAAUUAA